AUGUGGGUCCUGGGAGGCCACGGGUUCUGCUCCCGCUGGGGGCAGGUGGCGGCGCUGCUGCUGCUGCUCCUGGUGCCCCCGAGAGGCCUGGCGCUGCCGCCCAUCCGCUACUCCCACGCGGGCAUCUGCCCCAACGACAUGAACCCCAACCUCUGGGUGGACGCCCAGAGCACCUGCCAGCGGGAGUGUCAGAUGGACCAGGAAUGUGAGGCCUACGAGAAGUGCUGCCCCAAUGUGUGCGGGACCAAGAGCUGCGUGGCAGCCCGCUACCUGAGCGUGAAGGGGAAGAAGGGCCCGGUGGGCAUGCCCACCACGUGCGACCCAUCCAUGUGCCAGCAGCAGGGCUCCGAGUGCGACAUCUGGGACGGCCAGCCCGUGUGCAAGUGCAGAGACCGCUGCGAGAAGGAGCCCAGCUUCACCUGCGCCUCCGACGGCCUCACCUACUACAACCGCUGCUACAUGGACGCCGAGGCCUGCGCCCGGGGCAUCACGCUGGCCGUGGCCACCUGCCGCUACCACUUCACCUGGCCCAACACCAGCCCGCCGCCGCCGCCCAAGACCACCGUGCGGCCCACCACCGCCGCCCCGGAGACCCCCCGGUGGGACGUGGCGGCCCCCGCGCUGCUCAACCACCCCGCGCACCAGUCGGUGAUCGUGGGCGAGACGGUGAGCUUCCUCUGCGACGUGGUGGGCCGGCCCCGGCCGGACGUCACCUGGGAGAAGCAGCUGGAGGACCGGGAGAACGUGGUCAUGGGGCCCAACCACAUGCACGGCAACGUGGUGGUCACCAACAUCGCCCAGCUGGUCAUCUACAACGCCCAGCUCCAGGACGCGGGCAUCUACACCUGCACGGCCCGCAACGCCGCCGGCGUCCUGCGCGCCGACUUCCCGCUGUCGGUGGUCCGGGGGGGCCAGGCGGCGGCCACGGCCGAGAGCAGCCCCAACGGCACGGCCUUCCCCGCGGCCGAGUGCCUGCAGCCCCCCGACAGAGAGGACUGCGGCGAGGAGCAGACCCGCUGGUACUUCGACGCCCAGGCCAACAACUGCCUCACCUUCACCUUCGGCCACUGCCACCGCAACCGCAACCACUUCGACACCUACGCGGCCUGCGUGCGGGCCUGCAUGCGCGGGCCGCUGGCCGCCUGCAGCCUGCCCGCCGUGCAGGGGCCCUGCAAGGCCUACACCCCGCGCUGGGCCUACAACCGCCAGGCGGGCCAGUGCCAGUCCUUCGUCUACGGCGGCUGCGAGGGCAACGGCAACAACUUCGAGAGCCGCGAGGCCUGCGAGGAGUCCUGCCCCUUCCCGUCGGGCAGCCAGCGCUGCCAGGCCUGCAAGCCCAGGCGGAAGCUCGUGACCAGCUUCUGCCGCAGCGACUUCGUCAUCUUGGGCCGCGUCUCCGAGCUGACCAAGGAGGCCGACUCCGGCCGCGCCCUGGUGACCGUGGACGAGGUCCUGAAGGAUGAGAAGAUGGGCCUCAGGUUCCUGGGCCGGGAGCCGCUGGAGGUCACUCUGCUCCACGUGGACUGGGCCUGCCCCUGCCCCAACGUGACGGUGGGCGAGACGCCACUCAUCAUCAUGGGGGAGGUGGAGGGCGGCAUGGCCAUGCUGAGGCCCGACAGCUUCGUGGCAGCCUCCGGCAGCCGGCGGGUUCGGAAGCUGCGCGAGGUCCUGAACAAGAAGACCUGCGAGGUCCUCAAGGAGUUCCUGGUCUCACCCUGA